AUGGCAGAAGGGCUAAGGUUGAAAUUCCUGUGCACUGAUAGGGAUGCAUGUCCUGGACCGUGCCAUUCCAUGCACGCUGAUUUCGACCAGGAGCGAGACGCAGACUGGAGAGAAUGUAAGGCUGGUUGCCAGAUGUGUCACAGGCAAUCAUGCAACCACACGGAGAGAUGUCGCAUUUGCAUGAGACGACGACAAAAUUGGUCGACGCGAGCCCCAAACAAAGGACGCCGGCGACGCCACGCGGAGAAGACCCCUCAGACUACAUUGGACUUGGACAGAGCGAUCAGCUACAAUGACUGGCGUGGGCAAGCAAUGGAUGAGGUUGACAAAUUAAAGCUUGCUCUGCCGCUGGAGCCUUUGCAAGGUGUUUGGAGCCUAGCCCGCUUUUCAUAUACCUCCUGGGCCCAAAAACAUGUCAUGGCCCAUGGUGUUGAAACGACUUGGGGCUGGCUCAAACAGCACGCCACGAAGAAAGGCCAACGCUCGGGCGCCUCUCUAGAAACUCAAUGCGACGUCGAAGCAGCUCGCUACUUCUUGGUGGUUGGCAAAGAGGGGCCAGAACUCUUUGCCAUUGCGCAUGAUUGCGUGUACUAUCACAUGUCUCCUGCGUGCGUGCAGAGCUUUCAGGAUCUGCACCCUGAGCAACAGAAGGCCAGGGAAUUGGGUAAGUGGUACACAUACAUGAGUUUUGUUCUCGCAGACCUAGAUGUGCCACGGGUUGACCGAUUUCCUGCUGCUUCACCUUCAUCUCACGUGGUUGAUGCGCUUGCUUCGAAAUAUGCAAAUUUGAUUUGUGCGAAAGCAAGAGACUUUGACCAGACCGGGGUUAGAGGGUGCAACGGAAUGAGAUACAUCAGCGGUUUGAAGAGGCUUUGUGAUGACUUCUUGAGGGAGUGCGGCCAGGAAGAGAGUGAAACAGUUCUUCUUCAGACAUCUCCUCUUGCAGUAAUAGAGAUUCUUCUGCAGCAGUUUGCUUCGGCUAACACGCCCAGUGAUGCGAGACAAGCAAUUCUGCAAGUCCGUUCUGCUUGUGAACUGUUGAUCCAGCACAGGGAUCCGAUUUUGGAGGAUGACUGA